AUGCACUCAAAUUUUGCACUGUCGGCCGUAUUCUGGGCUGCUAUAUUCUCACAGGCCGCUGCCCAAUCAUAUACAAGCUGUGACCCUAUGGAGAAGACCUGCGCCGCUGAUCAGGGAACCACAAGCUCGGAGCUACACUACGACUUCACACAAAGCUCAGAUCUCUCGAAAUGGAAUACAACCGCUGGAACAGUGACUUCCACUGACGAUGGAGCAAAAUUUACGAUUAACGAAUCAGGGGAUGCCCCGACUAUUGAGACCGACUUCUACAUCUUUUUUGGAGAGGUCACAAUUACCAUGCAAGGCGCCCCGGGCACUGGUAUUGUCAGCUCUGCUAUUCUCGAGUCAGAUGACCUCGACGAAAUUGAUUGGGAAAUCUUAGGAAGCUACACUUCCAAGCUUCAAACCGAUUACUACGGAAAGGGUGACAGUGGUUCCUACGACCGCUGGACUUGGGUCGAAGCCACAACACCCCAGUCCACUUUCCAUACUUAUAAAUGGGUCUGGACCGAGAAACAGCUAACCUGGUCGAUCGAUGGCAUCGUCGUCCGAACUCUAACCUACGACGAGGCAGUACACAACGGCGCCUCGCGGUACCCCCAAACACCCAUGAGCGUCCGCAUUGGAAUAUGGGCAGGCGGCGACUCUAGCAACAACGCGGGUACUAUUUCGUGGGCUGGAGGCGACACAGACUACUCUGACGGUCCAUUCAGUAUGUACGUGAAGUCAGUCUCCAUCGUGAACUAUAACCCAGCCGAGUCAUAUCGCUGGAAGGACAAGUCAGGUUCAAUGGAUAGUAUCGAGGUCAUUGGAGGUACAAGCACAGGCGCCAGUGCUUCCACUACUGGAUACUAUCUCACAUCUACCGGGACAGCUCCAGCUUCUGUGGCCGCUGCUUCGGGUUCACUUUGGCGCUCCCACCCGUCAGGCGCUUCACCAAGACCUGCCAGCAGUUUUACUUUCUCUCUCGAUGGUCUCGGCGCCUUGUCCAUCUUCGUCACCUUUUUCAUGGUGAUGAUCUGGCUUUGA